UUAAUUAGCUUCUCUCUCCCUUACCCCAAGGCAACAGCCACACCAACACUUCAUUUUCUUUUAGUCAUGCCUCCCAACUGCAUAGCACCAAAACCUGAACAUAGCAGCAGCAAUGGACGAGUGGAAGCACUGUCAGAGAUGUCCAAGUCCCUUAAAAGGGCUGCCUUGUUUCCCAUAACUUUGAAGUUUGAGGAGAUAGUCUACAAGGUCAAGUUGGAGCAGAAAGGAUCAUGCUGGGAUUCAUGGAUCACCCGAGAAAAGACCAUACUCAAUGGAAUUACAGGAGCAGUUUAUCCCGGAGAAAUACUGGCAAUGUUAGGUCCAUCGGGAAGUGGUAAAACCACCCUCCUUACUGCCCUCGGCGGCCGUCUCACUGGAAAACUAUCCGGGAAGAUAACCUACAAUGGUCAGCCCUUUUGUGGUGCCUUGAAACGAAGAACGGGUUUCGUGGCUCAGGAUGAUGUUUUAUACCCCCAUCUCACGGUGACCGAGACCCUUUUAUUCACAGCACUACUGAGGCUACCCAACAGCUUGAGCCGAGACGAGAAAGCCGAGCACGUCGAGCGGGUCAUCGCCGAGCUGGGAUUAACUAGGUGUCGAAACAGCAUGAUCGGGGGACCACUCUUUAGAGGUAUCUCAGGCGGGGAGAAGAAAAGGGUUAGCAUUGGCCAGGAAAUGCUAAUCAACCCGAGUCUACUUUUGCUAGAUGAACCCACCUCGGGUUUGGACUCGACCACGGCACAACGGAUCCUGACCACGAUCAGAAGCCUUGCCAGUGGUGGUCGAACUGUUGUCACCACCAUUCAUCAGCCUUCGAGUCGACUGUAUCACAUGUUCGACAAGGUGAUCUUGCUCUCGGAGGGCUGCCCUAUCUACUACGGUUCGGCAUCCACAGCGUUGGAUUAUUUUUCUUCCAUUGGCUUCUCCACCUCCUUGACUAUCAACCCAGCAGAUCUGUUGCUUGAUCUUGCAAACGGAAUCAAUCCUGAUUUUAAGCCCUCGGGUGAGCAAGUUGAAAACACGGAAGAAGAAGAGAAAUCGUUGAAGGAUGCUCUGAUUUCUGCUUAUGAGAAAAACAUUUACACAAGACUGAAAGCCGAGCUUUGCAGUACGGAUGUGAAUAACAGUAACUACGUCAACACAAAAGAAGCAUCUGCAAGAAAUGACAUGUCCGAACAGUGGUGCACAAGCUGGUGGCACCAGUUCAAGGUGCUGCUCCAGAGGGGGGUUAGAGAAAGGAGAUAUGAAGCCUUCAACCGACUAAGGAUUUUCCAAGUGAUCAGCGUGGCGUUUCUGGGUGGACUUCUAUGGUGGCACACACCAGCUUCCCACAUCUCAGACCGAAUUGCACUGCUAUUCUUCUUCUCCGUCUUCUGGGGCUUCUAUCCGCUCUACAAUGCGGUAUUCACGUUCCCUCAAGAAAGAAGAAUGCUCAUCAAGGAACGAUCUUCCGGCAUGUACCGCCUUUCAUCCUACUUCCUCGCCCGAACAUUCGGUGACCUCCCGCUGGAGCUUGGUCUCCCAACUGCUUUCGUCUUCAUCAUCUAUUGGAUGGGUGGCCUGAAGCCCGAUCCGCUUACCUUCAUCCUCUCCCUGCUGGUCGUGCUUUACAGCGUCCUCGUCUCGCAAAGUCUAGGCCUGGCAUUUGGGGCCAUUCUCAUGGACAUUAAACAAGCCACCACGUUAGCUUCGGUUACGACGCUCGUGUUCCUUAUAGCCGGUGGAUACUACGUUCAACAAAUCCCUUCCUUCAUUGUGUGGCUCAAAUACCUUAGUUAUAGCUACUACUGUUACAAGCUUCUACUGGGGGUUCAGUACGAUGAGGACGAUGUUUACGAGUGUUCCAAGGGGGAACUGUGUAGGGUAGGUGACCUUCCUGCUAUUAAGUCAAUGGGAUUGAACCAUCUGUGGAUCGACGUGGCCAUUAUGGCACUCAUGCUGGUGGGCUAUCGACUCGUCGCUUACAUCGCUCUUCAUCGAGUGCGGUUGAGGUGAAUUCGAUACGGCAAAGUCGAAUGAUUUUAGAUGUUUUUUUGAAGAAAAUUCAAUCAACAUCCCUUUGAUGAGUCGAAAUGUAUCCAGUGUGAACCCUUUUCCCCACUUUUUUUUAUCAUAGUUCUUAGGUAAUAUACUACUAACAAGUUCUUA